UUUUUAGUAUGCUGGAGAUCGCAGCCAGAGGACGUGAGGUCUGGCUGUUUCACCGGGAGCCAGACAACAUAUGACGCCCCGCUCCAUGUGACUUUACUGGAGACAUCGCGUUUGCUCGUUUUGGUGGAAAUUAUGCAAUUUUUAGACAGCGACACUCUUUGCCUUGUCCUUGUGUCUCCAGGCGCACCAGUGUGGCUCAUUUAGCCGUGAUGACAUCAUGAUGAGUGCUGGGGACACUGGUCUUUAAUCUCAGAAACAAACCUAGACUCCGCCACUGUACUGUCAGACUACAAUUGAUUGACAGGCAACUAGAUGUUUGAUUGGUUCCCAAUAAUCGGCUUGCAGCAGCACGCGGAGCAGACUGUGAGAUUUCAUCUUGUUUACAAAGAAAGCUAAAAUCACUGCUGAGCGGGGAAGGCAAGCCUCAUGAGUCGGCCUCGCGGUUUGCAUCGACAUAAUGGAUUUAUCUAAAAUGGGUAUGAUCCAGCUCCAGAACCCCAACCACCCCACUGCCCUGCUGCAGAAGGCCAACCAGAUGCGCCUGGCCGGGACUCUGUGUGACGUGGUCAUCAUGGUGGACAGCCAGGAGUUCCACGCUCACCGGACGGUGCUAGCCUGCACAAGCAAAAUGUUCGAGAUCCUCUUCCACCGCAGCAGCCAGCAUUACACCCUGGACUUCCUUUCACCAAAGACUUUUCAGCAGAUUUUGGAGUAUGCUUACACUGCCACACUCCAGGCCAAGGUGGAGGACUUAGAUGACCUCCUGUAUGCAGCAGAGAUCCUGGAGAUAGAAUACCUAGAGGAGCAAUGCCUCAAGAUCCUGGAAACCAUCCAGUCCUCGGAUGAGAAUGACGUGGAGGUGAAUGUCAACGACGGCAGCACAGAGGAGGAUGACGAGCGCAAAGGCCACAACGGAGCCAAGAACUCCAAAAAGCAUUCCAUGGAGAGUCCAUAUCUGACAAGUCACCAGCACGCCGCCAUCAUGGCUGGCAUGGUGGAUCAGAGUCCUUCUGUCUCCACCUCCUUUGGCAUCUCCAACCUGAGUCCCACCAAAGCUGCGGUGGACAGCCUGAUGAGCAUCGGGCAGUCUCUGCUCCAGCAGGGCUUCGUGGGGGAACAUCUCGUCCAUGGCAACGCCCACCACCUGAUGGCAGAGGUCAAGACUGAAAUGAUGCAAGUAGACAUGGGCGGCAACGGUCACGACAGCCCCCAGAACAUGGAGUCCAGCGCCUCCAGCAACGGAGAGCGGAGUGGCGAGGACAGGAACCGGGAUGGUCCAGGAACACCAACCAGGAGCAGCGUAAUCACCAGCGCCCGAGAGCUUCAUUACGUCCGCGAUGAAGGCAUGGGUGACCCUCAAGCCGAAGUCAACCAGAUGGGGCUGGAAGCAAUGGCCGGGAUGACGGAGAAACAUCUGGCCUCGCUCUACGCCCUACCUGUCAAUCACAAGUCAGAUGCCAUCAUGUCAAUGCCGGCAUCCAUGGCGUCCGCUCUCCCCAUGUCCCCAGCCCUGGCUAUGUCUAUGGACUUCAGUGCCUACGGGGGUCUCCUGCCGCAGAGCUUCAUCCAGAGAGAGUUCUUCAGCAAGCUCGGGGAGCUGGCAGUGGGCAUGAAACCAGACGGCAGGCACCAGCACGAACGAUGCAAUGUUUGCGGGGCUGAACUACCAGAUAACGAAUCUGUGGAACAACACAGGAAGAUGCACAGUGGAAUGAAGACCUACGGCUGUGAGCUGUGUGGGAAGAGCUUCCUGGACAGCCUCCGUCUACGGAUGCAUUUGCUGUCUCACUCAGCUGGUGAGAAAGCCAUAGUUUGUGACCAGUGCGGUGCCCAGUUCCAGACAGAGGAAUCCCUGGAGGCCCACAGGCAGAUCCACACUGGCUCCGACAUGGCCAUCUUCUGCCUGCUCUGCGGGAAGCGUUUCCAGACCCAGACGGCGUUGCAGCAGCACAUGGAGGUCCACGCCGGCGUUCGCAGUUACAUUUGCAGCGAAUGCAACCGGACUUUCCCCAGCCAUACUGCACUCAAGCGUCACCUACGCUCCCACACAGCAGGGGACCAUCCAUAUGAGUGCGAGUUCUGCGGGAGCUGCUUCCGAGAUGAGAGCACGCUGAAGGGCCACAAACGCAUCCACACUGGGGAGAAGCCCUAUGAAUGUAACGGCUGUGGGAAGAAGUUCAGCCUCAAGCACCAGCUGGAAACCCACUACCGUGUGCACACAGGUGAGAAGCCAUUCGAGUGCAAGCUGUGCCACCAGCGAUCCAGGGACUACUCGGCCAUGAUCAAGCACCUGCGCACCCACAACGGCGCCUCGCCCUACCAAUGCACCAUCUGCCUGGAGUACUGCCCCAGCCUGUCAGCCAUGCAGAAGCACAUGAAAGGCCACAAGCCCGAAGACGUCCCUCCAGACUGGCGCAUAGAGAAGACCUACCUGUACCUCUGCUACGUCUGAGGCCGGAGAGCGGAUGAAAAGAGAAAGGUUACGGGUGAGGGAGGGGAAGGGUUUGAGAAGUAAAGGAGAAAGAAAUUUAGCAAAGAGGGGAGAGGUGAAGAGUGUUGACGAUCGAGGAAUGUCAACGGCGAGAGACUCGAAAGCAAGAGGGUUUGUUUUCUCUUUUUUCUGUUCAUGCAAAGGCGGCGACGACCGACUGACGGAGUGAAAAGGUGGUGAUGAUGGGACAAAAGUGCUAAGAAGAGGAAGACUUGGACAUGGAGAGAGCCUCUCCACCAUUGUUCGGAUUCAUCGGGUUAUUCACUACAUCUGCAACUGUGUUAAGUGUUUCAGGUCAUUUUCAUGCAGCGUCAGAAAGCAAGAAAGCUGCCAGAAAGUGACUUUGUGGAUGCUGCUGCCAGGAAGGAGAAUGCAGAUUCUCAAGGGCUAUCUUGAAAAUAUUCUCCCCAUCAAAAACUGAACCUUUUACUUCUUCUCCAAACAGGAGGUUUGGGGUCUUUAUAGUUCUACUUUAGUAUUGGUUUGUUUACACAAAGCCCGUUCUGUUAUAGUUUUUCAGAUCACAUGAAGAAAAUGUGAAAUUGAGCCUCAGUUCAGGCCCCUGAGUCCUCGUGAUUUAACUUUACAAUGUAAAAAAAACAAACUUCUGACUUUCAGAAGCCAAACGUUCUCCAAAUGGCCACAUCUAUUUUUAUUUUGGUUGUGAUGAACCACAACCAAGAAAUCUCAAAGAAGGAUGGAGAUUAAUUUUCAGAAUCUCACUAAGAAGCUGAUCUUUAGAAAUUCAGUGUAAGUUCCCCUUUAUUUCUGUAUCUGUUUUACAGCCUCUCGUCAUUUCUACCCAUACAUAAGUCACAUAUCCUCCCAGUUUUCACACAGAUCUGCCGGUCUUUACAUGAGAUCCUCCAGAUCUCAGCCCCGGCAGUGAGAUAGCCCCUGAGAAUCAGCAGCCGAGUCAGUGUGCAGUAGAUUACACAGUUGAACUGGAUGAAUGGGAGCACUAUGAUACUGCAAACCAAGCGUCUGUUUGGUUGUAAGGGGGGGAUGAUAUCAGUGCUGCUUUUUUUGUUUGUUGGAAGUCUCCCCAGUUUCUCAGUAGUCUUCCUGGUUCUGCAUCUCUGUCAGAUGAGGGCUGGCGAAAGUCAAGUCACCACUGGCCGCUCACGGUUCUCUGCGGAGAACCAACGGCUAACAAGCGUCACUUUUUUCAUCCUAUAUAUUUUAAGCUCUGCAUCGUAGUUUAUCGUAGCUUGAUUGCACAGGUAAAACGUGUCACGACAACAGUCUCUGUUUGAUGUCUUCAAGUUAUAUCUCUUUUCAUUACAUCAUUACUCACUAUUACAGUACGCCACAUUAAACCCAGCCUACUCAGCAAUAGAUUACUGGACUGCUUAUAUCCAUGUACAUUAACCUGAUGACUAUCGUUAUCUCACACUAAUAAUGAACUACACAAACUGACACACAGACAGUAACACUCUGACUACAACAGACCUGUCCAUUCACCACAGUGAUGGAAGACUAAAUGGGGAAAUGGUAAAUCGCUGCUUUCCGUGGGGAGUCCUGUGACUUCGACUGCUCAUAGUGAAUGUUGAAGACGUGUUGGGAAUGCCUUAGCUGCACGCUUUCUGUCGAAGGGAGUGCGGCUGGUUGAAGACUGUUAAAUGGCAUAAAAAAUAUGAAUGUGAAAGACUGUGAGCCGGGUUCAUACUGGGCUGUGUAAGAUCAGACAGGGUGCUGAUGCUGCCUUUCACCUGAAGUCAACACCUGCAUUUCACAAAACCAAGGAGGAUGUAACUUUAAGAACGCUUUUAAUCCACCAGCUUCACAUGGUGGUUGUUUUCCACUCACAUCAAGCUCAGGAUGAGAAGAUUUAAGACUCUUAAAAUGUUGCUUUGUUCAAGGUUAUAAAUCAGUAAAAACAAAGUGUUACAUUUUUUUAUUUCACUGCUUUAUUGCUCUGGACAAAAGUAAAAAGACAUGUGAAACAUCAAGCUGCAGUUAGAGAGUGGCUAGAGUUAGCUUACCUUUGGAUGGAGUUUCUCAAAAAAGGUUGCAAAAAGUUGUUUGUUAAUUUUAAUUCUCAUCUUUAAAAAAUGUAGUCAAGCCUGGGAAUAAGACCCUGGACUUCUCCUAAAGUUUCAUGUUUAAAAAUCACAGUGUAAUGUUAGCUUGGAGGUUUUUGGAUGCUAACAUUAGCUGUGGUUUAACAGUAGCUAAACAUGUUGUGUUCCUUAAAACAUGACUGGAUGUCUCCUUGAAUUUGUGUUAUCCAUUUUCAUUUGCUGAUCAAUCUGUGAUUUGUCAAAAUUCCUACUUUUCUCAGACCUGAUACCCGAAAGACAGUCGGAGGGUGUUAGGACAGAGUGUUAGCUUCUCAUCUUGGACGUAAUGUCUGAGGAAAGCGGCUGCCAUGUGAACAUGGUGACUCAGUUUGGAAGAUUCUCUCCAUCCAGCAUUAAGUGCUGUUGUCAAAAGCUAGCAGAUAUUAAUAUUUACAGAACCAUUGUCAUGUUGACAAAACCCUGAACAACACAAAACUCUGAAUGUCAGACUUUCUGAACUCUCUGAAAAGCAGCAUUAGCUCUGUUUCGCUUACACAGCCGCAGCUCUUCUGGGUGAACCUUGGGCUUUAUUUAGCAUCACUGCAUCGUCACAGCGUUACCGGGAUGAUCACAUAUCCAAAUGGCCGGUGGAAAAAGGGGGAAAUCACUGUUAGGACGAGCCAGCAGCUCAGGGGGCGACCAGUAAGACGACAGAAUAAAUCAGCUCUUUCUCUGUGGUUUUGUCCCUGCGCUUCGUCUCUCGUCUCCUGUUGUUCUUUGUCGUCGUUGUUGUUGUUGUAAUCGUUGUUGUUGUUGUUGUUGUUAUUAUUGACCUUGAGUUUGAUCUCAACACAUCGUACUUGAAUUACCUCGUUUUGUGACCUCAUGUUGCUUGUGUAUUUUUUUAAUUUUCCCUUUUCUUUCAUUUGUACACUUUUAUUUUGUUGAUAAGUGUAUGUUGGAAAAGAUGCAUUGCACAACAUGAUGAAGCAAUGUGUGUGCAGAGAAAAAUAUAAGUGCCACGGUGAAGAGAUUCUUUUUUUGUUCGUUUUUCUAAUGCUGUGUAUUUCUUUGUGCAUUAUUUGUUACCAAACUUGGUAUUAUUAACCCCGCUUGUUAAUGAGCCGGAAGGUUUGGUCAUGUAUAAAAGCUACCUCUAAGUUGUUUUUCAUUUUUGGCAAAAGCACAUUUUUGUGUGUGUUUGUGUUUUGCAUUAUUUCAUCAUUGCUACUUCAUCUCAUGCUUUUUUUUUUUUUUUUUUUCAAAAGUUGAUUUAUGAUUGUGUUUUUAAGCAAAGUGUAUAUAAAAGGGUAAGAGAUAACAAACAUAGAGGUUGAUAGAAUUGGAAAAGUCAUUCAAAUGGAUGUUUAUUCUUCUCUUAUAGUCUCCCCCUGCACCUCCAACAACAGACGAGCAGAGAAAAAAAAAGCAAUUUUGAAGCCUUAAGUGAUGAGGAAGAGGGAUGCGGCAGAUAAGAGGAAGUACUAUUGCUUUUUAAGAGGGUUUAAAAACAAGAUUAAACUUGAAAAUAUGUGAAUAGAAGUGUAGUUUUGUAAUGUGAAAAAAGAAAGGUUCAUCAAAAAGCGCUGAGCUGCCCAGUGACAGGUCAUAUUUGCAGUGAUGCAGAGUGCGUUGGACAAUUGGAACUGCAAGUGGUAAUCAAAAAAGAAAAAAAGAAAACCAGAAGGUUGAAAAUAGAGAUUCUCUCGGUUGACCAGCUCUCUCGAGACACGAGCAUAUUCCUGAACAAGAGCCAACAGAGGCAAUUUGAUAUAUAAAAAUUGUGAUAUUUUUGUAUUCAGUGUCAGUCCUUUUUCCAUUUGUGGAGGGUUACAGCAGGGCACAAAUAUUUGUAUUUCUUUUAUUUUUUACCUGUUUUAUUUUCUCUCUCUGGGUGUGAAUCAUUUUUGCCUUGCUCCUCUUUGAUAUUGUUGGACAAAAAACGUGUGUGAACAUAUUGUAAUAAUAAGUGUUGCUUUCUGGAUGUCAAUUGCAUUGUAGGUGAAGGACUAAAUCUAUCCGCCACAAGUUUUACGAGUGUGUGUGUGUGUAUGUGACAAAGUUAAAAAAUAACAGAAAAAAAAAGGUGAUAAAAUACGGGACGGCAGGGGGGCGCUGCCAAACCGACCAAUUAGUACUUGUCAUUCACAGUUUUUCAAUCAAACUUGACUGUCAACAUGUUUUUUGUUUUUGUAUUUGAAAAAAAAAAAGAAGAAGGGAUGGCAUGUCCCGCGGUGUCUUGCCAUUUUAUUCUCAAACACUGUGAGCUGAGGGGCUUUUGCACCCUCGCAUAAUAUCCACCCACUAUAAUAUACCCAGACACACGGCUCAGUCUGAACCACCACAAUGCAAACUGAUCAGUCACAAUGUUCCUAUCAUCGUCCUCUGAAUGUUUUCUACUUUCUCGUGCGGGUGAAAGAGUGAGUCAAAGAGUGUGUUACUACGUGUGUGCAAAUGUGUGUGUGCGCGCGUGUGUGUGUGUGUAUUAGUGGAAAAAUGCACUAAUCAGAUCAGAUACAAAAUAAAAUGAUAUUCUAUGCCACUUUUUUUCUCUAUGUUGGAAAAAAAUAUAUAUAUACAUUGGCAUCGUUAUAGUUCUUCCCUCAGUGUUCCUCCGAUGUUUCUGUACUAUCUUUGUGCCUAAAAUGGAAUUUGUUCAACAAAAAUAUCCAUCUAUAUCUGCUUAGUUUCUGUAUUUUCAGAAGAAAAUAAAAAUGGUGUCUUCAGCACCCUAGGGAUGUCAUGACGCUCGAAAAUGACCUGAUUUUUCUUUUAUUUUUAAUCCUGGAUGGAGCAGGGCUUUUUCUUCUUCAAGGACUGCAAUAAACCCUCACUGCUACUGACAUAGCAGAGGGAUUCUGCAUCUUUCUUUGGCCGUCCUCUGUGAUUGGCACCCAAAAGCAUUUAUUUAGCGAGACAAAACAAGGCGUAGAAAAAAACUGGAUUCCAGACCGGCUGCAGAGACAAAACCUGCUCCUUACAUAGAAAAGUCUGCCCCAACGGUCAACGUAGAUUCUAUUUUUCUCCUGUUUGUCAGCAACAGGUUUGCUGAUGUGAACUUUAUAUUGCUCUUCAAAAAAAAUAGGAUAAAGAAAACCUCCAUUAGGGUGGCUUGGCACUAGGGAGUUCCCCUUUUGCUUUGUUUCUGUUUUUCAUAAAGUCCUCUUCCCCCUUUUUUUUUUUUCUACUUUUGCAUUCAGAAGGGGAUGUAAAAUUCGUCAGAGAGGAUUCAUGGCAUCCCUGGAGCUGGCACUCUGUGUUUUGGUGUGGUGUUUCUAGAACAAAAGUAGCCAUUUCAUGCAGUGUUGCAAUGCAUGUGCCAUCGAGGUCUAGACUAAAAACUGUUUGAGUAACAAAGCACCAAGACAUUGUAUUUUUUUAUAUUAGCACUGAGGACCAAUUGCCCUGUCGGACCAAGCAUAACAAAGCUUUUUAUGUAACAAAGCUUUUCUCUCUGUCUUUCCCUGGCUUGUCUGUGCUACUUCUCUCCUCCAUUGUUGUGACAGCACAAGUGCCAGUCGAGUUGCUCUGUAUUAAGAAAAUAGUGUUUUUAUUAUGAUUUGAAUUGUUAUAGUUUUUGUCUACCUCAGCACCUAAUCUUAGCCUAAUCUUAGAAGGUGCCCAAUUAUUAUUUUUUAUUUUCUUUAUUUUCGUUCUCUUAUUGUUGUCGGUUGUGUAAGUUUUUGAAAAUUUGCAUUAGAGCUUUGCAAAGGUCCUUUGUCUUUUCCAGCGACAACGUGCUAUUUUUGUUUUUCUCCGUGGCAGUACGUUUCCUGUUGAGCUGUGCCACCAAUCUAUAGCCACCGUCUGUUGAUAUAGAGGUUGUUCUUUUUUGUUUCUUUCCAUGUAGAAUCAGACACCUCUCUUUGUAACAUUUCAGUGUUCUCUGAUGGAGUGUGAAAAAAAAUAAAAAGGAAAAAUAAAAGAUUUAAUGCUGCA